AUGUGUACCGGUUCGGCACCUGCUCCUAUAUCCAGCAAGGCUGGCAAGCGGAAGGCUUUCCAGCCCUGCGAUGACAUCGACCCCUCCUUAAAGUUGGUACGGUCUGCGUCUGCCAACCUUGCGAAGCAAACUGGGCGUCCCCGUGCCGUCGCGCGGGCCGCCCUCGAUGCGCUCGGCGAGGACCGUGACCAAGCUUGUCGUCUCCUACUCUCUGGCCUGGCUCUGGCAGUCUUAGACAGCGAGCCUUGCGAGGUGGAACUCCUGGCCCAGGGGAUCCCUGUCUGGCUAAAGGAAGAGGGUGACGAAUCGAGAUCGACAGUCCUCAGCGUAGGUGCUUUUGAAGGUUGUUUCUUGCUUCGUGUACAGAAAGGUCGCCAGGAGCCUUUGCGGCUUUUCGCUCUGGAGCCGGUGGACGUUUGCCUGGUGUCAGCUCCGGGGCUCAUUGUGGAGGAGGCAUGGGCCGAGCUGGAAUACACAGAGGCGCCAGCCGUGGAAGGCCUCGAGAAGGACGAGAACGAGGAGCAGCCCAAGCAGGCACAGGAGAAGCGGCCCAAGCAAGCUCAGCAGGAUGUCGUUUUUGUCUUCGAGAACCUGAAGCAGAACGACCUGCUCCGCCAAAGGCGCUACAAGAAAGCUGCCGAGCAGUGGACAAGGACGGCCCCAACGCAUGUCCAGAGCGUGCCCAGCCGGCCGCGCAACCUCAAAGCAUGGCUCACGCUUCGCGUUGGCGUCGGUCAGUUCAUGUUGGGCGAGUCUGUGGGUGGCAUGGUGCAGGACUCCCGCAUAUCACGGAUCAAGGAGUGCUGGGUGCAAGAGGAGGGAAAUGCUGGACGAACGUCUCCGCAGCUGUUUCAGCUCAACGAAACUUUGCGUCGUCGAGCCUUCGCACCCAUGUUUUUCGACUACGAAGAGCUGGAGAGGCGGCUCGCGACCGAGGAGUCGCACCAGUAUUUCGAUUGGGAGCUCCUUGAAACGCAGCUCAUGCAGGAGGCCGACGAGCAGUUGGACGACCUGAGUUGCAUCGGUCCCAGCGCGUUGGCACAUUCGUUGGCCGAGAUGGAGGAUCGUCUCGACAAAGAGCGAGACGACGAUCUGUUCAACCUUCAGACGUUCGGCGAGGACUGCAGUUGGUCCUUCGAGGAGGCCUCACUCCUGGAGGUGGAAGGAUUGUCCGGUUCGGGUGGGGCCAAUGGAGGGAAGGCGGAGGGGGGAGAUCUCGAGUUUGUGGCCAUCAAAGAGGUGGCAUACCAAAAUCACAAGACGAGGGAGAUCAACCUCCUGAAAAGCAUCACGCACUCUUGCGUCGUUUCUCUGCUUGACAGCGACCUGGCGUCAAGUCAGCAAUUCUGCUUCGUCGAACCUGGCGAAGGCGACGCCAAAGUUCUGUGCAUGGUUUUGGAAUACUUGCCCCAGAACCUUCAUCAGAAGAUCGGUGUCGAGGAUGUUCGCUGUUUUUCGUUCCAACUCCUUCGGGCGCUGGCACACUUAGAUGGAACACGCAUCGUCCAUCGCGAUCUGAAGCCUGAGAACAUCCUGCUCGAUCCGGGCUCCCGUGCGGUCCGAGUUGCUGACUUCGGUUCGGCCAAGGACUGGUGGUCCUGCGGCUGCAUCACAGCCGAGAUGAUGCUUGGGCGUCCUCUCUUCACUGGCGAGUCAAGUUGGGGGCAGAUGUACGCCGCUCUUCCUGGUCUUAACCUGGUCAAUGAGCUCGAGUACAUGGGCUACCCACUUCGGAUCUUCGAUGACUACAUGCUUCUGUUCGAUGCUGACUACAUGGAUGGGUCUCACCUGCGUGCCGGCGGUGAUUGCCGACUGGCCGGGCACUUUGCAAAGCUGGCGGAGCUCGAGCGACCUGCAUCCGCCUGGGAGGAGCUCCUCCCGGCCUUCGCAGAGGAGCGUCAGGCUCUCGAGCUCCCGGAGUCUCUGUUGAGCUUCGACCCGGCGAAGCGCUUGCAUCCGGCGGUGGCCAUGAGGAGCAGCUUUUUUCAGCACCUGGCUGAUGAUCCAAACCCGCUGCCGCCGAACCUCGUGGAUUACAGUGAAGAAGAGUUGAGCACUUGCGACACUAUGGCAAAGAAGAAGCUCUGGGCUCUGCGGCACAUGGUCCAGGCCCGCAGCCCGUUCAUCGACACGGAGAGUGUCGGAAAGAGGGCUGGGUAUGAGGAGGAGGAGAGCCGAGACGCAAAGCGCCGGCGAGUGGGUGACAGGCCCGUCGACGACCUGAGCGACAUUCCAUGA